CUAGGUACGAGAAUAUAAUGGUACGAAAGUUGACUCGUCGUCUUCUUCCUCUUCGUUGUCAUCUAUUUUAAGUGGAUUGACUUUGCAUACACGUUACUCCUCAAGAAGCUGCUCUUCGAACGCUCGUUAAACCAAAGUACUACUCGAUCUCAGUACUACGAACGAAAAGUACUGUUCCCGUGUGCAUGGCGUUAUUAGUGGGGCCGACGAGUCGAGUAUAAUGCCCGCAUGGUUAAAAAAUCUCUCACAGAAUUCAAAACCCGGGUUAAAAAUAGAUGCCCCUUUCAUACAACUUCCUUCCUUCAACUACGUACAUACGUGCUAAUAAGGCAUGCAUGCAUCCAAUCCACUCCACUCUUUUAUCACCAAAUCAACAACACAAUAAUAUGACGACGGGGACGACGACCAAGUUCAACUUUAUCGCCAAAAUGGAUAUCAAAACCAGAAAUGUGACCUCGUAAAGUGAAAGGUGUUCAUAAAUAGGUGGAAAAUUUGUCGUAAAAAUGGUGCCCGUGAAACAGAAAACUUUUCAGUUCUUCGUGGUACUCGUCGUGGUUUUGGGUGUAUUGUCACCGGAAGUGAGUUCCGCUUCCACGUUGCAUAAUAUGAGUCCGAGAGUGGUGUUUACGAAGCAGGGUCCCGUCCAGGGGUUUCUGGGACCGGCGGAUAGUGGGAUUUAUCAUACGCCGCAUUAUUCGAGUGGGGGGAGUGGUAGUGGGAGGGAUAGAGGUUUUGAUAUGAGACAGUACAAUGGAAAACCUAUUAUCGAGAUAUUUCGUGGUAUUCCGUACGCAUCGCCCCCGAUCGGACCGCUUCUACGGUACGAGUCACCCUCUCCACUCCCCCACCGGUCGAGGACGGAAGUCUUCAAUGCGAACGUGUCGCACCCCUCGUGCCCCAGAACGUCGGAGGAAGUAUUAAACAGGACGAUGGGAGGUGGUGGAGGAGGACCUAUGGACAAGUUUCGAACGUUACGGAAAACGCUGGAGAAUUCUGUGGAGGAUUGUCUCUAUCUCGACAUUUAUGCUCCACUCAACAGCAUAUAUUACAACGCAGGUGAUAAGUCGCGAGGAAACAAUGGGCUGGCCGUCCUCGUCUACAUGAACUCUCACCCCGACGACCCUGAAAAUCCGUUCGAUGGCUCCAGCGUGGCCGCCAUCGGAAAUAUAAUCGUCAUCUCGGUGCGAUAUCGAACCGGCGUGCUGGGAUUUCUCCAACCCAGCUAUUCUGAAGAUGUCAGAGCAAACUUUGGUCUUUGGGACCAGCUUGCGGCCCUCCAGUGGAUCAAGGAGAACAUAGCCGAGUUUGGCGGAGAUUCUGACAACAUUUCCCUCAUGGGAUUUGACAUCGACGCCACGACGGCAGGACUACUCUCACUCUCUCCCGUCUCACAAGCGUACAAUGGCUUAUUCCAUCGUCUCAUCCUCCUCAACGGAUCUCCCUUUACGCCAAACGCCAUCAACCCUGAACCAAUUCGGACCACGUUCCAACUCGCCCGAGCUUUGCCAUGUCCCUCGGCCUCCUCCAUUUCCGGUUCGAGUGGGGACUCUGACUUGGCGAAAUGUCUGCGAGGCAUGCCCGUCCCACGUCUGAUCACUGCCGCCGAAAAGAACAUUGGCGCUCCUCCAUUGACCUUUCCCUUCUCGCCGAUCGCGGACGGGAUAAUCGUGCCGCACGAGAUGAACCAGCCCCAUCCCGCAUCAGCCCCCGCCGUGGAAGCGAUGCUGGCCAAGUAUGACAUCCUCUGCGGGCUGAAGGAGGGGCCAGUCCUCCCACUCGUCGGUCGUCACACCCUCAACAACAUUAACCUCGACAGGUUCAUCACGGCCGUGAUCAAACUCACGAUGAAAAUGGAGUCCGGUUCCGAACCGACGGAACAGGUCAAAAAGGUGAUUCGGUCAGCCCUGAUAAACGACCAAGGCUACGGUUCCUCUCCCCCGAUGCGCGAACUGAUCUCUGACUUUCUGGUGGUGCAGCCGAUGAUCGAUCUCCUCAACGCCCACGCCUCCCGUGCCGACAAGAAGACGUUCUUCUACGUUCUGAAAGACUUUGACCCUCUCAACACAAAAGCGAUGGACGAAAUCUCGUACAUCUUCUCAAGCUCGGUCUACAAGUGGAAGUACACGGGAAGUCCGUCCCACGCCUAUAAACUCCACCCCUUCGUCAUGCUGAUCAACCUACUAGCCAACUUUGUCAGAAAUGGAGAUCCCAACAUUUCCGAUCCGACGGAUCGUUUCCAACCCCCGCAAUCCUGGCCAGAGUAUACGCCCGAGUAUGGACGAUAUUUAGAAAUCGCGGAAGACAUCCGAUUUCCCUCAUCCUACCGAAAACACUCCACGACCUUCUGGGGAAAGACGUUCCACUCGAUUAUGAAGUCAUUUUCCAACAAAUCUCUAACUGACACCUCAUCUUCCUCAACCUUCCCCCAGUUUCCACCUCACUUUUCAUCCCCUCCUCACUACCCUGGACACACCCACGCCAACGAUGACUACUCCCCCAACAAUCCCGACCUUUACUACCCCCCACCUGGCAAUAACCCUUCCACCACCACGACCACAGCCGGGGUCACUCUGGGAGGUCAAAGUGCCAUCGUGCUCAUCGGCUGUCUCCUCCUUCUCCUCAACUUCCUCUGCUUCAUGGGCCUCUUUUACCAACGGGAACGUCUCAAGAAGGCGGAACUCCAACUGCGGAAACGUUACCUCGACACGCAACAAAGAAACAAAGACGGCGGCGCCACUUCCGGUGACGAUAUCGAGUGCUCCUCCUCCUUCGUGGGGGGUGAACCGUCAAAAUACUCGGCUCCACCGCCACCCCAACCACCACUCCAGCACCGUCGCUCCCCUCACCUCGUGUCCACCAUGAUGCUUCGCAACGGUGGUGGAGACACGAUGUCAGAAACUGAAACGGAGAACGGUUUCGGGCCAGAUUUCCUGACUCCGAAUUACGACCCGAAAACGAAGGUUAAUCGAUGGAUGCAAAUGCAGGCGCAGGCUUCUCAACAGUCGCGUGACCUCUACUCGACCCCGUCCAUCCAGCAGCAGCAGAAUCACACUCAUCCGAAACUCCAACGCCUCUCGCACGUGAGAGAGGAUGAUGAUCCUCCCCGUCCACCAGACGUACCGCCAUGGAUGCUCACCCCACAAUCGUCACAUCCACCACAUCGUCACGGGGACGAUGAUGACGACAAUCCACAAUCCGUGACACCUACCCCGACGCCAAGCGGGCAAAUCUACGCCCCCCACCAGCACCACCACCACCAGCCACAAAUAAUCCCCCUUUCCCACGUCCCUCCAGGCUACCUCCUCUCCUCGUCCUCAACCCCGCACCCCCUCCAAUUCAACGUCAACUCGUUGCCACGUCAAAACCAGCCCCACCACCACCACCACCCACCCCACGCCCUUCCCGACCCGCCCGUCCAGUUCAUCCCGCAAUUGCCGUAUCACGGGUCGCCGUACAAACCCGAUCCUCGCACGAUGGGGAGUGACAUUCCCUACGCGGACUCGAGGGCCACCUCGCCCUCAAUCAUUUCCGCACCGGCAGGAUUUGCCAAUUCGAACGGACCCAUUAUUGCGAAUAAUAUUAGUGCGAAAAAUCAGCCGAAAGGGAUCCUGGUCUCGGCGCCGAAGAGAUCGUCUACCCUGAUCGUGCGUGACCUCGACCCUGACGAGCAAGACGGGGAGAUGGGAGAGCCGAAAUAUGUUCCGGUGAAACAGGGCACGCUAAAAAGGUCGGUUGCCGUUGAGACGACGGACCCCACGGCGAUGACGACCGCCAUAACGCCAGAGUCGUCGUUUAACGGGGGGAGGAAAAGUUUGGAAAGCGAGGACAACAUAAGUUCCUCCGCGGCGACAGAGGCGACAAUUAUUCCGAGUUCGACAAUCACGACAAUAAAUGGUUCAAAUCCUCAUCCUCUCCUCCAUCCUAGUUCAGGCCAGCAAGUUAGAGUUACUUUUAAGGAGGAUUUGUAAAUUAAUGAGUUUAAUGACAUUUUAACAGUUGUUAUCUAGUUAGGAAUGGAUCUCAUAUUUAGUAGUUAAUUAAUAGUUAAUUAACUAUGUCGGAAUUUUACUGAUAUUCAUUCUACAAAUAUCUAGGAUUUUUUUAGUAUGACAACAAUUUUUGUACUCUAAAGUGUUACAAACUUUAUGUAAAUACAUGAAAAAUCUGUAUGAGAGACUGCAUUUUGUAAUACACAGUUCUGGGGAUGAGUUGCAAUUGACUGGUAUCUAGAUUAGUUGUUACUUUUCAGACUGGAUUUUGUAGCUUGUGAAUAAUUUUCAUUCUAAAUAUUUACCAAGAUUACGACGCCGAUUGAGGAUUAAAUAAUAAAAGAUUUACGAUUAGAGUAAGUAUUA